AAGUGGUUCUUUAGCCUUGUGACACGUAGCAACGGGGCCAGUGAAGGCUCUGAAAUUGAGUUUUGGGGAGUAUUUGAGGCUCCUGGAGUUAGAGCUGCCGCUGCUGCCGCCGUCUCUGCGUUUGAUCGUUUGCCAUGUCAGGCUUUGAUAACUUGAACACGGAUUUCUACCAGACAAGUUACAGCAUUGAUGACCAGUCGCAGCCUUCUUACGAUUAUGGAGGAAGUGGAGGACCCUACAGCAAACAAUAUGCUGGCUACGACUACUCGCAGCAAGGCCGAUUUGUCCCUCCAGACAUGAUGCAGCCACAGCAGCCAUACACCGGGCAGAUUUUCCAGCCAGCACAGACGUACACCCCACCUACACCCCAGACGUUCUAUGGGAACAACUUUGAGGAUGAACCACCUUUAUUAGAAGAGUUGGGAAUCAAUUUUGACCACAUCUGGCAAAAAACACUUACAGUGUUGCAUCCAUUAAAAGUAGCAGAUGGUAGCAUCAUGAAUGAAACAGAUUUGGCAGGACCAAUGGUUUUUUGCCUUGCCUUUGGAGCAACAUUAUUACUGGCUGGCAAAAUCCAGUUUGGCUAUGUGUAUGGGAUCAGUGCAAUUGGAUGUCUAGGAAUGUUUUGUUUAUUGAACUUAAUGAGUAUGACAGGUGUUUCAUUUGGUUGUGUGGCAAGUGUCCUGGGAUACUGUCUUCUUCCCAUGAUCCUGCUUUCCAGCUUUGCAGUUGUAUUUUCUUUGCAAGGUAUGGUAGGAGUCAUUCUCACCGCUGGGAUUAUUGGAUGGUGUAGUUUUUCUGCUUCCAAAAUUUUUAUUUCUGCGUUAGCCAUGGAAGGACAGCAGCUUUUAGUGGCAUAUCCAUGUGCGUUGUUAUAUGGAGUCUUUGCCCUAAUUUCCGUCUUUUGAACUGAAUUUACCUGGGACAUGGACAUCAGUGGGCCAAAUACACAUAAAGGACCUUGAACUCUUAAAUUGGACCAGCAAGCUGCUGCCGCGCUACUCUGACGCAGAUUUACGUUUACGAUUGGAGCCGUGGAAGGAAUAUGGAUCUGUUGUUCAUUUUUAUAGAACUUCUGAACACUAUAAUGGAUUUUCCUGCAGUGUGACUAGCUUUAAGUGUUUCUGUUUAUACAAAUAAGAAGUGGUAUUUCUUUCCUGUUCCUGCAGCCUUUGAGAAACAACUUUUUUCCUUGCAAAUUGUAUUAUGAUGUUUUUGAUAGAUUUUUAUCAAACUAACCACAAAACUUGUAAUCUUUCUUAAAAAAAACUCAGUCAUAGUAAAGAAGAAACAAGACUUCUUGUAGAAAUAUUUUUCCAAGGAAUUAGGAAAGAAAAAUUGCUUGUGUUCCCAUGUCAGGUGCACUUGAAGCAACAACAACAACAAAAAGAUCCAUUGUAGACUUGUAUGAGUUUACAGUUCAGAUGUUUGAGAUUCCUCUAAAUCAGUUUCGUGCAAGUUUUGAUAAAGAUACCAGAAGUUCACAGUCCAUCUUAUUGGAAACAUGAAAUGUGAAUGCCUGUUUAGAUACUAGUGUUAAUUAAACCAUUAUGGCUAGAUUCGCUGCGUUAAUGCUCAUACUUGGGUCUCCACCUUGCCCAGAAAAAGAAAAUCGCUAACCUUUUUGAGAGAAAUAUUUAAAAUUGCAGUUUCAGUAUUGCAGUUAUCAAUGUAAAGUACAUUUAAUGCUUAUUAAUUAAAGUUUUCCCGAGUAA